UCCUAUUUGCCCCACUUCUCCCCUGUCUCUUCCUCCCACAACUCCCCUCCCGAACCCUAACCCUAGCUCUCCCCCCGCGCCGGCGGCGGCCAUGGCGCUCAUCACCCCAGCUAGCGGCGGGGGCGGCGGCGGAGGAGACAAAGCCCCACCGUCCGCCUCCGACCCGAGCCUCGGGUUCCUCACUAAGCGCGACACGGAGGUGAAGCUGCCCCGGGCGACGCGGGUGAAGAACAAGACCCCCGCCUCGGUCCAGAUCACCGCAGAGCAGAUCCUCCGGGAGGCGCGGGAGCGGCAGGAGCCCGAGAUCCGCCCGCCCAAGCAGAAGAUCACCGACUCAAUCGAGCUCUCCGAGUACCGCCUCCGCCGCCGCAAAGAGUUCGAGGACGUCAUCCGCCGCGUCCGAUGGAACGUCAACGCCUGGGUCAAGUACGCCAAGUGGGAGGAGCAGCAACGGGACUUCGCCCGCGCGCGCUCCGUCUACGAGCGCGCCCUCGACGUCGCCCACCGCGACCAUACGCUCUGGCUCAAGUACGCAGAGUUCGAGAUGCGCAACAGGUUCGUCAAUCAUGCCCGCAACGUCUGGGACCGCGCCGUUUCUCUCCUACCCCGGGUGGACCAGCUGUGGUACAAGUACAUCCACAUGGAGGAGCUACUUGGCGCUGUUGCCAACGCCCGCCAGGUGUUCGAGCGCUGGAUGGCCUGGCGUCCUGACACAGCUGGCUGGAACUCGUACAUCAAAUUUGAGCUGCGCUAUGGUGAGGUGGAGCGGGCAAGAGCUAUUUAUGAGCGGUUUGUGGCUGAACACCCACGACCAGAUACGUUCAUUCGAUAUGCCAAGUUUGAGAUGAAGCGUGGAGAAGUGGAGCGCGCGCGGCAGGUGUACCAGCGUGCUGCAGACCUGCUCGCAGAUGAUGAGGAUGCCCAGGUGCUGUUUGUAGCCUUUGCUGAGUUUGAGGAAAGGUGCCGGGAGGUUGAGCGUGCCCGAGCUAUAUACAAGUAUGCACUUGAUAGGGUGCCCAAAGGCCAGGCUGAGGAGCUGUACAGGAAGUUCCUUGCAUUUGAAAAACAGUUUGGUGACCGUGAAGGAAUUGAGGAUGCCAUCGUGGGUAAGAGGAGAUUCCAGUAUGAGGACGAGGUGAGGAAGAACCCUCUCAAUUAUGAUUCAUGGUUUGAUUACAUUAGGCUGGAGGAGAGUGUUGGGAACAAUGACAGGAUCAGGGAGGUGUAUGAGAGAGCCAUUGCUAAUAUCCCCCCAGCAGAUGAGAAGCGUUACUGGCAACGAUACAUUUACCUAUGGAUAAAUUAUGCUUUGUAUGAGGAGCUUGAUGCAAAGGACGUGGAACGGACCAGGGAAGUUUACAGCGAGUGUCUCAAAUUGGUUCCACACAAGAAAUUCACUUUUGCCAAGAUGUGGCUCAUGGCAGCCCAGUUUGAGAUAAGGCAAAGGAAUCUUAAAGCUGCACGGCAGAUACUCGGAAAUGCCAUUGGGAUGUCUCCAAAGGGCAAGAUAUUCAAAAAGUACAUUGAGAUUGAGUUGUAUCUUGGUAAUUUUGACCGUUGUAGGACUCUCUAUGAGAAGUAUAUUGAAUGGUCUCCAGCAAACUGUUAUGCCUGGAGGAAGUAUGCUGAAUUAGAGAAGAACCUUAGUGAGACUGAUCGUGCUCGUUCCAUAUAUGAGCUUGCUAUUGCUCAGCCAGCCCUUGAUACACCAGAAGUUUUGUGGAAGGAGUACUUGCAGUUUGAAAUUGAUGAAAAUGAAUUCGAUAGGACUCGCGAACUAUACGAGAGAUUGCUUGAUAGAACAAAACAUUUGAAGGUAUGGAUAAGCUAUACCGAGUUUGAGGCCUCGGCUGGUUUGGCUGGGGAAGACGGUGAGAGUGAGGAGAUUAAGAAAGAAGUUAGUUAUCAUGAACAGCAGAUAGAACGGGUUCGAAGGUGCCGAGCAAUCUUUGAAAGAGCAUUCGAAUACUUCAGAACUAGUGCUCCAGAGUUAAAGGAGGAAAGAGCAAUGCUCCUUGAAGAAUGGCUUAACAAGGAGGUGAGCUUUGGUGACCUUGGUGAUGUCACCUUAGUGCAGAAAAAGGCGCCAAGGAAAGUGAAGAGAAAGAGACCAAUUCCUACAGAGGAUGGCUCCACUGUUGCGUAUGAAGAGUACAUUGAUUAUAUUUUCCCCGAUGAGGUUGCGCUGGCUCCAAACCUCAAGAUCCUUGAAGCAGCCUAUAAGUGGAAGAAGCAGAAGACAGAUGAUACUGAUGAUGUCUGAGCUAAACUGCCACUGUUUCUGUGGUCACGAAUGAGCUAAUCGUUGUCAAAAUUAGAUCUGAAGGUCUUCUACAAUGCUGGGUAAAGUUGUGAAUGUGCCCUACCUGAUCAUGUGGUGUGGUGCUGGCACUUCGAUCAAUUCAGUUUUACAUCUGUAUGUCUGAUGGAUAGAAACUGAAACAAGUUCAUAGUCUUUAAUUUAGUUUUGGCAUGCAUGAUCUUGUUUCUUGCUCACGAUAUUUGUCUCUAAGGUCCAAAAUAGGAGACGGUUGUUCCUUUUAGUUUUCUUUUAUUUAUACAUCAAUAGGUAGGCAGCUCCAGCCAUAUUAGUCUAAGAAUGGCGCAUUUUGUGUAAAGAAGCUGCCUGUAAGGUGCGGUUGUGUACCAGUGAGAUGGACUGUGAAAACUUGUCUUGCUGAUGGUAUCCAAUUUUCCUGAGCGAGGACCGAGGAGAUAGUGCA